AUGACUCCCGUUCUUACAUUCAUGGUCUAUCGUCUUGCACUUCAUCCCACGAACUUCCAAAUCAUCCGGGACGAGCUCAAGUCGAUUCCAAACACUCAAGAUUCUCAGGAGCUGCAGAAGCUUUCACAUUUGAAUGCAUUCAUCCAUGAGGUCAUGCGAGUACACCCACCUAUCCUCGAUGGCUUGCAGCGGAAUACGCCAUCUGAAGGGGUCAUUAUCAGCGAACAGUAUAUCCCAGGAAACGUCACUUGUUUAGCACCCUUUCAUACGAUUGCAAGACGUGAGUGCCAAACACACUACCUUAUCUCGAGAUUCAAACUGAAAAAUGGAUUUACAGUGGAAAGCUGCUUCGAAGAUGCCGAAGAGUUCAUUCCAGAGCGAUGGACCACGGCUCCACAUCUGACGAAAGACAAGAGUGCGCACAUGCCAUUCUCGCUCGGGCCGUACGGCUGCGUAGGCAAAAACCUGGCGCUGGUAUUCCUCCGCCUUACGACCGCUUUCCUAGUCCACAAUUAUGACAUUGGAUUCGCACCGGGCGAAAUGAAAAGCACGAUCAUCGAUGAAUCGAAUAACACAGUGACCAACAAUCCCGGGCCAUUGAAACUUAUUUUCAAGAAGCGAAGGCACCAGACUGAAUUUGGCGAUGGCGUGGAUGUGAACGACGGACAUGGCUUAUGUUAA